GGAGUGGGGGAGGUAUUUAAAAGCCGAGCAGGACGGCUCAGGCGAGCGCUCCAACUCCCAGUCAGUGUUGGGAGGGAAAAAGGCCAAAGCAGACUGGCUCACUCUUACGCACAGGGUAGUCUUCCUCAGCGCCUUCGUUCUGCUCCAAACUCCACCUCAAGAACCUCACCGUCUCCCGGGACCUGUGAACUCCACCCGUGCACCUCUUCCUCUCCCUCCCUCUCUCUAGCUCACUAGCUCCCUCCUUCGUCUCUGCCCACGGCCGGGAUGCGGCAGGCCUCUCUCGGGGGCGCCGCCCUGCUGGCGCUGGCCAUAGCAGCAGCGGUGCUUGGUGUCACGGCUGCCGUGGACGUCGCCAACCCUGCCGCAGGGUUCUACCCGCGAUUCAACCCGUUCUUCUUCCUGUGCACCCAUCACACGGAGCUGGGGGGUGCCAGUGGGCUGGAUGGGGGCCCCGAGGUGCAACUCACGCUGCAGAUCGUGGGGAACCCUGGUGCUUACAGCCCUGGACAGGAAUAUCAAGUGACAAUCUCCACCAGCACAUUCUUCGACGGCCUGCUGGUCACAGGGCUCUAUACGUCGGCCACCGUCCAAUCGGGUCCCAUCCCUGCUCCUGCCGCCUUCGGAUUUGGGGUGGUCCCGGAGCACCAGUUCGGCACCCAGUUCGUGUGCAGCGUGGUGGCGUCCCAUGUUAGCCACACCCCCUCCACCAGCUUUAGCUUCAUGUGGAUUGCCCCCCCACCGGGUACUGGCUGCGUCAACUUUCUGGUUACUGCUACAUAUCGAGGACAGAUCCUCUUCAAGGACGCUUUGGCCCAGCAGCUAUGCGAGCAAGGAGCCCCCACGGAGUCCCCGGUCAGGCCUGCGUUGGCUGAGAUCCACACGAAUCACGCCAUCCUUCGUGACGACUUUGACUCUAGUCAGCAGGGGACCGUGGACCCGAACCUCUGGUCCGAGUGCAGCAACUGCGAUGUGAGCGAGCAGUGUGGUGUUCUCAUGCACGGCAAGGCGGUCAUUUUCUGCGAGCCCUUCGGACAGAGGGAGCUGGUCACCGUGCCCCUGAACACCAGCAUGGCAUCUGUCCUGCAGUUUGCCCUGGGUUCUGGCCUCUGCCGCUUCAGUUACUCAGACCCCCGCAUCACCGUCUCCUUCAGUCUGAACGGCUCUGAUGACUGGCUCGCCUUGGACUGGAUCAGAGCCCCCACCAACCGCAGCACAGUAGUACACCUGCUCCCCCUCCCCGUCCAGGCCCGCGGAGAGGGAGUGCGUCUCCGCUGGGCCCAGGAACCACAGCCUGGCCCCGAAGGUUAUGAAUCCUGCUGGGGGCUGGAUAACGUGUUGCUGGUGAAUGCGGCUCACCGCCCCCCCCUGCUGGAGGAGAACCUGGACCCGCCCGAUACUGCCAAUUGGCUCUUUUUCCCAGGGGCCACUGUCAAGCAUGCCUGCCAGUCGGAGGGGAACGCUCUGUAUUUCCAUGGCAACGAGGUGGGGGGACCCAGCUUCGCCUCUACCCGUGACAUCGACCUGCAUCGUGAAGAGGGCCGCAGCUACUGGGAGGAGGAAUUUGAGAGCCCCCCUGUCGGCUGGGAUAUAACGGGUGCUGUGUACGGGACCCAGUGUGGGGAGGUGGAGUCGGGAUCCUCGCUAGUCCUCCUGCGGGAUGGGGAGAGGAAGGUCUGCACCCCGUACCUGGACACCACCUCUUACGGGAACCUGCGUUUCCACUUUGUCAUGGGUGGUGGACAGUGUGACCCGGGAGAGUCCCAUGAGAAUGACGUCAUCCUCUUUGGCCAAUCGGAAGGCCGGAGGGAGCAUGUGAUCCUGGACACCCUGCCAUAUUCCUCCUACCAGUCCCCCUCGGUGGUGUCAGUGGCCCUGCCCCCAAGUCUACAGACCCCGGUGACACGCUUCUGCCUGGAGCAGCGCAUGCAUGGUGGCUCGCAUCGCCACGUCUGGGCUGUGGACUUCAUGCAGCUGCUGCCCCUGCUGCCCAGCACCCACACGCACGUGGCCCAGUUCUCCAUCAACCUGGGCUGCGGCUCCUACCAGCCGGCCAACAGUGUCAGCCUUGAGUUUUCCACCAAUCACGGUCGCUCCUGGUCCCUCCUGCACAUUGAGUGCCUGCCAGAACUCUGUGCUGGACCCCACCUGGCCCACAGCACCAUCUACUCCUCUGAGAACUACAGUGGGUGGACCAGGAUAUCCAUUCCUCUGCCCAAUGCAGCCUUGACGGACAGCACACGGUUCCGCUGGAAACAGACUGGGCUGGGCACGAGCACCAUGUGGGCCAUUGACAAUGUGUACAUCGGCCCGUCUUGCCUCCGUUUCUGCUCUGGGAGAGGACACUGCUCUCGUACUGGCUGCAAGUGUGACCCCGGCUUCAGCGGUCCCGCCUGUGAGCUGGCCUCUCAGAACUACCCGGCCUUUUUGUCGGAGGGCUUCUCCAGCACACGCCUCUCCUCAUACCACAGCUUCUCCUCGCUGCGUGGUGCCGAGGUCAGCUUCGGCUGUGGUGUGCUGGCCGCCGGCAAGGCGCUGGUCUUCAACCGUGACACCCGGCGGCACCUGGUCACCUCGCCGCUGGACAGCAGCCAGGCCAGGUAUCUCCAGUUCACCCUGCGGCUGGGAAGUCGCAGCGCCCUGAGCUCCUGCCCUGCCCCUGAUCAGCCUGGAGAGGGCGUCCUGCUCCACUACUCGUCAGAUAACGGCAUCACCUGGACGCUGCUGCAGCACUAUGCCUAUCAGGGCUUCCACGAGCCCAGGAUCAUCUCCGUGGAGAUGCCGCCCGGUGCACGUAAGUUCGGAGUGCAGUUCCGCUGGUGGCAGCCGUACCACUCGGGCCGUGGCCAGGAUGUGUGGGCGCUGGAUGAGAUCUCCAUGACCUCGGUGCUCUUCAACACCAUAAGCCUGGACUUCAGCAAUGUUCUGGAUGUCACCCAGAGCCUGGGCUUCUACCUGGGACAAGUGCAGCCCUACUGUGACCAUGACUGGACUCUGAGCUUCUCCGGCCCGCCCAGUCCCGGCUCUAGCAUCCGCUACGUGGAGACCCAGUCCAUGCAGAUCGGCGCCUCCUACAGCCUGCAGUUCUCCCUGGUGAUGGGCUGCGGCCGAGAUCCGUCUCCCAACAUCGACACCCAGGUCCGCCUGGAGUUCUCCACCAAUCAUGGCCUCACCUGGCACCUGGUCAAAGAGGCCUGCCUGCCCGGGAUGCCGAGCUGCCCUGAGUUUACGGCCCCCAGCGUGUACCACCCUUCCGAGUUCAACGACUGGAGGAGGGUCACCAUGCCACUGCCGCACAAGACGUGGUCAAGUGCCACGCGCUUCCGGUGGAUCCAGAACUACUACGGCGAGCAGGACGACUGGGCCCUGGAUGACAUCUAUAUCGGGCAGCAGUGUCCGUACAUGUGCCGGGGGCAUGGCUGGUGCGACCACGCGCACUGCAGGUGUGAUGAUGGAUUCUCAGGCCCGGACUGUCAUCCCUCGUCUCCACUUGCCUCCAGCAUCCUCUCGGACUUCGAAUCCCAGGGUGCACUUCUCACGUCGUGGCAGGAGGUGAUUGGUGGAGAGGUAGUGACCCCCGACCAGGGCUGUGGGGUCAUCUCGUCCGGAUCCUCACUCUACUUCAGCAAGGAUGGGCUGAGGCAGCUGGUGAGCUGGGACCUGGACACCGAGUGGGCGGAGUAUGUGCAGUUCUACCUGCGCGUGGGUGGGGAUUGGGCGGAAUGUAACCAUGCCGACAGCAGGGAGGAGGGCGUGUUGCUGCAGUACAGCAAUGACGGCGGAAUCAGCUGGGGCCUCAUCGCUGAGAUGUACUUCACGGACUUCACUAAGCCCCGCUUCGUUCACUAUGAGCUGCCCCAAGCCGCCAAGACGCCCAGCACACGCUUCCGCUGGUGGCAGCCCCUCCACUCUGGCGAGGGCUACGACCAGUGGGCCAUCGAUGACAUCAUCAUCCUGUCCGAGCGGGAGAAGCAGAUCGUCCCCGUGGCCAGCCCCACCCUUCCCCAGAACUUCUAUGAGAAGCCGGCGUUUGAUUACCCACUGAAUCAGAUGAGCGUCUGGCUUCGUCUGGGCAACGAGGGCAUGGAUAAGGAGGGCAACGGCAGCUUCUGUGCCCCCACGCCCUCCGCCAUGGUGUUCGGCCGCUCCGACGGGGACCGGGUGGCCGUCACUCGGGACCUGUCCCUGCGACCUGGAUACACCCUGCAGUUCAAGCUGAACAUCGGCUGCGAGGUCCAGUUCAGCCCGUUGGCCCCAGUGAUGCUGCAGUACUCCCACGACGCUGGCCGUACCUGGGCUCUGGUCCAGGAGAGCUGCUACCCAGGUUCACCAGCGGGGGGCGCCUGCGAGGGCAGUGGCCGCGAAUUUCAGGAGCCCAGCGUCUACAACACGGGUGACUACGAGCGCUGGAGCAGGGUCACCGUGGUGAUACCGCGUGGCGUGGCCGCCAGUAAGACGCGGUUCCGCUGGUUCCAGGAGAGCAGCGUGUACCGGGACGCCCCCCCCUUCGCCCUGGAUGGGGUGUACAUCUCAGAGCCGUGUCCCAACCACUGCGGGGGUCACGGGGACUGCAUCUCGGGGGUCUGCUUCUGUGACAUGGGCUACACAGUGGAGCAGGACAGCUGUGUCCCCGCCCAGCCGAGCCCCACAGAGCUCAUGGAAGACUUCGAGGGCAAACUCAGCCCUCUCUGGCAGAGCCUGUUUGGCACCCAGGUGGGCGCUGGCUGCGGGACCAUCGCGGACGGAAAGGCUCUCUACUUCGGCGCCGCUGGGAGAAGAGAAGCCCGCACUGUCCCCCUGGACACCACGAACAGCCGCCUGGUUCAGUUCUACAUACGGAUUGGUGGAAAGAGCAUGGGCUCCGCGUGCAGCAGGCCCCGCUCCCGAAAUGAAGGCGUGAUUGUCCAGUUCUCCACCAACAACGGCGUAAGGUGGCACUUUCUCAGGGAGUUGGACUACAACUCCUUCCUGGAGCCGCAGAUUGUGACGAUCGAGCUUCCGCCUCCGGCCAAAACUGCCCACACGGUGUUCCGCUGGUGGCAGCCUCAGCAGGGCAAGCAUUCGGCCCAGUGGGCCCUGGACGACGUCCUGAUCGGGAUGAACGACAGCUCCAGGACGGGCUUCCAUGACAAGUUCGACGGGCCUGCUCCGGUGCGGCACACCUGGUACCGCGUGCAGGGCGGGCGGGUGACCGUGGACUGCCUGUCCCUGGACACGGCGCUCACCUUCAGCAGCGAGGUCGCAGACAAGAAGCCACGCUACGUGGAGACCUGGGAUUUCGAGGUGUCUGGCUCCUCCUUCCUCCAGUUCGAUCUCAGCAUGGGCUGCAGCAAGGCCGCCUCAGCGUCCCACGGUGUCCGCCUGGAGUUUUCCACAGAUGGGGGGCGCCGCUGGGCCUUGCUCACCCCCGAGUGCGUACCCCCUGCCAUCGGCUGCUCCAGCUAUACCCAGAGCUCCAUCUACAGCGCCCCCCAGUAUUCACGUUGGAAAAGGGUCACCGUUUACCUGCCCAGCGUGGCCAACUCCCCCAGGACGCGGUUCCGCUGGAUCCAGAGCCAUUUCACCCCUGGGGCGGACGGCUGGACCCUGGAUAAUGUGCUCCUAACCCCUGGGUGCCCCUGGAUGUGCUCUGGCCAUGGCCUGUGUGACAGCGGCCGCUGCGUGUGUGACCGUGGUUACGGGGGCCCACACUGUGUCCCCCUGAUGCCCCUGCCAUCGAUGCUGAAGGAGGACUUCAACGAGAACCUGCGGGGGGAGCAGUGGCCGGAGGUGUAUGGGGCCGAGCGGGGCACCCUCAGCGGGGAACCGCUCAAGUCCGGCACGGCACUCAUUUUCAAAGGGGAGGGGCUCCGCAUGCUGGUGUCCCGCGACCUGGACUGCACCAGCGCUCUGUACAUUCAGUUCUCCUUCAAGUUCAUCACCAAGGGGGUCCCGGAACGGUCCCACUCCGUGCUCCUGCAGUACUCCGUGAAUGGGGGCAUCAGCUGGCUGCUGUUGGAUGAAUUCUACUUCCCCACGUCCACCGACACACUGUUCCUGCACCUGCCCCUCCCCCAAAGUGGCCAGACCAACGCCACGCGCUUUCGGCUGUGGCAGCCUUACAAUAACGGAAAGAAGGAGGAAGUGUGGGUGAUUGAUGACCUCAUCAUCGACGGCAACUCCCUGCACACCCCCCCUCUCCUGGAAGACAGUUUUGAGGGGGGGCCGGUGGAGAAUGCCUGGCUUUUCUAUCCUGGAGGCAACAUUGGGUCGUACUGCCCCUACCAGAAGGGGGCGCUGCAGGACGACUCUGCCAUGGUGUUUGUGUCCAGUGAUCUUGGGGAACAUUCCAUCACCACCCGUGACGUUGACGUCAAUGAGAACACCAUCGUCCAGUUUGAGAUCAACGUGGGCUGCACCACGGACAACUCGGCCGCCAACGCCGUGCGCCUGGAGUUCUCGCGGGAUUUUGGUGCCACCUGGCACCUGUUGGUGCCGCUGUGCUCGGGGAGCCCCCAGCCCAACUCGCUGUGCUCCACAGAGCUGCACCCCGCCAGCAUCUACCACUCGGGCACCACCCAGGGCUGGAGGAGGGAGGUCAUCCACUUUGGCAAGCUCCGCCUAUGCGGGUCGGUGCGGUUCCGCUGGUACCAGGGCUUCUAUGUGGGUGGCGCUGCCCCCCCGACAUGGGCUCUGGACAAUGUGUACAUCGGGCCACGGUGCCAGGAUAUGUGCGGGGGCCACGGAGCGUGCGUGGGGGCGGCGCGGUGCACCUGCGACCUCGGCUACUCUGGGCCCGACUGCUCCGUGCCCCACGUGCCCAACCCUGACUUCCUGAAGGAGGACUUCGAAGCUGUGGGGCCGAGGCUCAGAGAAAGGCUCCGAAGCGGCGAUAAGGUGCCCGUCACGCACGCAGGGGGCUUCGUAGACAGGGGGCGCUUUCUGCUGCUCAGCGGGGGGAAGCCCUCCAGGAAGUGCGGGAUCAUGACCAGCGGGAACCACCUGUUCUUCAGCGAGGACGGCCUGCGCAUGCUGGUCACCGUGGACUUAGACCUGUCCAACGCCAGGUUCGUGCAGUUCUUCUUGCGCCUGGGCUGUGGUAAAUCACCCCCAGACCCUCGCUCCAAGCCCGUCCUCCUGCAGUUCUCUGUCGACGGCGGCCUGUCCUGGGUGCUGCUGCAGGAGUUCCUCUUCAGCAACAGCAGUAACCAGGCGCGCUUGGUGGCCCUGGAGAUCCCACUGCGCUCCCGCACCCCAGCCACACGCCUGCGCUGGUGGCAGCCUUCUGAGGACGGCCACUUCCACAGCCCCUGGGUCAUGGACCAGGUGGUCAUAGGGGGCAGUGCCAGUGGCUGGGGGCCCCUGGAGGAUGACUUCUCGUCCAAGGAUGAGCGAUCUUGGCUGCUUCACCCGGGGGGCACCCGCAUGCCCGUGUGCGGCUCCGACGGCGAGGCCUUCGCCUUCAUUGAGAAGUCCAACACGCGCUACGCCGUCACCACCGACAUCAGCGUGGGCCAGGACGCCUUUGUACAGUUUGACUUCUCCGCCUCCUGCUCCGUCACCAACUCGUGCUACGCGGUGGAGCUGCAGUUCUCCCUGGACCUGGGCCUGUCUUGGCAGCCGCUGGUGAGAGACUGCCUACCCAGCAGCCCCGACUGCCCCGCCUACACACUGCAGAGGCUGCUGGUGUCUGACACCUACAACAAGUGGGGGCGUGUCACCCUUCCCGUCCCCCCCUACGCCAGGUCCCCGGCGACUCGGUUCCGCUGGUACCAGCCAGCUCCCUUUGACAAGCAGCAGACGUGGGCUCUGGACAACCUGUACAUCGGGGACGGCUGCCCGGACAUGUGCUCUGGACAUGGGCGCUGUCAGCAGAGCACCUGCGUCUGUGACCCGGAGUGGGGUGGCGUUUAUUGCGACGAGCCGCAGUCGCCCCUUCCCUCCCAGCUCAAGGACAGCUUCAGUCGGGCGCCAAAUCCCAGCAGCUGGCUCUUGGUAACAGGGGGCAAGCUAAGCAGCGUGUGUGGGGCCGUGGCGUCGGGCGAGGCUCUGCACUUCAGUGGGAGCUGCAGUCGUCAACUGGUCACCGUGGACCUGAACCUCACCAGCGCCGAGUUCAUCCAGUUCUACUUCAUGUAUGGCUGCAUGGCGCCCCCUAGCAACCGCAACCAGGCAGUCCUGCUGGAGUUCAGCCUGAAUGGUGGCAUCAGCUGGAACCUGCUGACGGAGAUUUUCUAUGACCAGUACAGCAAGCCUGGGUUUGUGAAUGUGCUGCUGCCCCCUGCUGCACGGGUGGAGGGAGUGCGUGUGCGCUGGUGGCAGCCACAGCAUGACGGCGUGGACCACAGCGACUGGGCUCUGGACAAUGUGCUCAUUGCUGGCUCGGACCCUCGGGCCCAGAUCCUGGACACGUUCGGGGGAGUCGCCCUGCCCAAUCACGAGCGAACCCCCGCUGAUGGAGCCUCUGUGGGACGUGUCACCCACCUGCCUGACCUGGAGGAGCCCACCACAGUGAGUGACCACUGGCUGUUCUCGGAGGACUGCGUGCUACAGCGCUUCUGCGGCUCCCCGGAUGGCGUGAUGGUGUGCGGCAACGUGGACGGGCGCGAGGUGUACGCCGUCACGCACGACAUCGUCCCGGGCAACGGCUGGGUCAUGCAGUUCAAGAUGGCUAUGGGCUGUGGUAUCCCAGAGCGACUCGCCGAGAGACAGGUCCAUGUCCAGUACUCAGUGGACUUCGGCGUGUCCUGGAGGUACCUGCUGCCCCAGUGCCUGCCCGCUGACCCGCAGUGUGGGGGCCAGGUGUCCCAGCCGUCCGUCCUCUUCCCGGCUGAGGCCUGGAAGCGGGUGAUCUACCCGCUGGCAGACAGCCUGACUGACACGUCGGUGCGCUUCCGGUUCUACCAGCAGCACUCGGACACCCAGUGGGCCCUGGAGAAUUUCUACAUCGGGCCGGCGUGCGAGGGCCACUGCGGGGGCCACGGAGACUGUCUGGACCAGCGCUGCCUCUGCGACCCCGGCUUCUCUGGGCCCAGCUGCCAUGCCAGCUCGCCGCUCAGGACCUCCCUGAAGGAGCGCUUUGACUGGGAGGGCUCCCCCGAUCCCCAGUGGCAGAUCCUGGAGGGGGGCCGCCCCUGUACUGACUGCGGGGUGCUUGUGGAGGGGACGGCCCUGUACUUCAGUGGCGCCAACGCCCGGCAGGCUGUCACCCAGGACCUGGACCUCCGUGGAGCCAAGUUUGUGGAGUACUGGGCGAGGAUCGGGAGCGAGGACAACAUGACAAUGUGUCACCGGCCAACGUGCCGCAAAGAGGGAGUGCUGCUGGACUACUCCACCGAUGGAGGUGUGUCCUGGACCCUGCUGCAUGAGAUGGAUUACCUGAAGUAUGCGUCUGUGCGGAGGGAUUACAUCGUGCUGCCAGAGGGGGCGCUGUCCAAUGCCACCCGCUUCCGCUGGUGGCAGCCUUUUACCAUCUCCUCGGGCCUGGCCAUGCCCGGCCUGGAGCGGGCUCAGUGGGCCCUGGACAACAUCCUGGUGGGCGGGUCUGACAUCAACCCAAGCACCCUGCUCGACACUUUCGAUGAAGAGGGCAUGUCUCACGAGGAAUCCUGGAGCUUCUACCCCAAUGCUGUACGCACGGCUGGCUUCUGUGGAAACCCCUCCUUCCAUCUGUACUGGCCCAACAAGAACGGCGACGGCACUCACAACAUCUUGGUCACACGCGAGCUAAUCGUGCAGCCUGGCUACAUCCUGCAGUUCAAGAUUGUGGUGGGCUGCGAGGCGGACAGCUGUGAGGAUCACCAUGCUGUGAAGCUCGAGUACAGGAAGGAUGCCAGGUCUGAUUCCUGGCACUUGGUACAGUCCGAGUGUCUCCCCUCCUCCGUGAACAACGUGGGCUGCUCCCCCUUCCAGUUCCAUGAGUCGACCAUCUAUAGUCCCGUCAACAGUUCGGUGUGGACCAGGGUCACUGUCCAGCUGCCAGACUAUGUCUCCUCUGGUGCGACGCAGUUCCGGUGGAUCCAGAAAGAGGGUGCUGGUGAGCGGCAGGGCUGGGGAGUAGAUCACGUUUACAUUGGUGAGGCGUGUACCGGCCUCUGCAGCGGUCAUGGCUAUUGUACCAGUGGGGCUGUCUGCAUCUGUGAUGAGGGACAUCAGGGUGAUGACUGCUCCCUGUCCAGCACUGACCUCUCCAGCUCCAUCAAGGACAACUUUGAGUCUGGAACCGUGUCUGAUGAGAGCUGGCAGCUGAUCCAGGGAGGAGGUGUGGGUAACGGGUGCGGCCAGCUCUCUCCCCAUGCCCAUGGCGAUUCGCUCUACUUCAACGGCUGCAAGAUGAGGCAGGCCAUCACCAAGCCUCUGGAACUCACCAGGGCAAGCAAGAUCAUGUUCGUGCUGCAGAUCGGCAGCACAUCCCAGACGGACAGCUGCAAUGUGGCCCUCGACCGGCCUGACACAGUGGAUCGGGCUGUCCUGCUGCAGUACAGCAUCAACCAUGGAGUCAGCUGGCAUGUCAUCGCCCAGCAUCAACCCAAGGACUUUAUCCGAGCCCAGAGGGUCUCCUACAACAUCCCACUCGAGGCGAGAGUGACAGGAGUGGAGCUCCGAUGGUGGCAGCCCCGUCAUGACGGUGCCGGCCACGACCAGUGGGCCCUGGACCAUAUUGAGGUCGUCCUAGUCAGCACCCGCAAACAAAACUACAUGGUGAACUUUUCGCGGCAGAGCAACCUGCGGCACUACUACAGCAGGAAGAGGCGGGCUCUGCGGCAGCAUGCCUGAAAUGCGCCGAGCGGCCUCGCUCGCACUGUGACCCGCCCGCUCACGCAUAACCCUCCUCCACCACUUUGUGCUGAUGGCGUCGACGUCCCGGAGAGCUCGACCAACCAGAGGAUUCUGACCAGCCUUAGACCACCCGCCCCCCACUCUCUGACUGACGCGUGGGCCGUCCAAUCAGACAGCUCGAAGUGCGCCAGCCACUCAAGGCCUUCCCGAGAAAUGCCGACGGGAAGGACUUGCAGCAAACCAGCCGUUUUGUUUACUUCCUGUGGACUUUCGGGUUAGAUUGAUUCAUUAUUGUUGCUGUUAGUAUUCUCACUGCCAUGAUCACGAUACAAGCCUGGCCUUCACCUUUCACCCUUCCUCAACCACACUGUGAAGCAAAAAGGCAUCUGUAAAGAGAGGCAUCCGAGUGAAACUGGGGGCUCCCUUCAUCGCGGGGGCCCAGAAGCAUCGCCACGACGACGAUUAUGAUGCGAUAAUGAGUAUUGUGCUCUUGCUGUUCUGUGCGUCUGUGACUUCAGUUUGUGACGAGUUGAUUGUGCUAUUCUGUUUACUUGUUUGUCUUUGUUGUUUUUUUUUUGUUUGUUUGUUUUUUUUACUUAAUGUUGAUUUGUUUUCGUUUUUUUCCCCCUCCUCUAUUACUGGACGGCUGAUAUUAAGGAUAGUCAAGCCUCGGAGGAAGAUGAACGAAAAAACAAAGGGAAAGAAAAAAAUGAAACAUUUACAAAUUAGGUUUUUUUAAAAAUAUUUUUUAUAUAUGUUAGUUCCCAAAAUGCAGAUAUUUAUGGCAAAAAUUCUUCAUUUAACAUAUUUAAGAUGCACUGUGUAUGAGAUGUUAUUUUUUAGUGUUAAGUUAUUAGGCAGUUGAGCCACACACUGGCCGUGAUGAUCCACCCAGGUUCAUUCGUGUCGUUACCUCCUUCCUACCCCCCCACUCCAGAUUCUCCGUUUAUUUCCGAUUCCCUGAGGUGCUGUCCGCCCCGUCUGUGUUGUUUUGCAGUCUGUGUAUGGUGGAGUCCUCCUCCCUGAUCCCAGUGUAACUCCAGUCUCCUGUAUAUAAAUAUAUAUAUAAAUGUGUGUAUAUUCACUAUGGAGGCCUCCAGCAGCCUUAUAAAAGGGAAAUUAAAGUACAGUCCGAACCUCA